CGAGCUGAGCCGGCGGAAGAGGUCGAGGAAGUUUCUUUGGACCCGGUUGAGCCCGAGCGGAAGGUGAAGGUAGGCAAAACCUUACCGCUUGAAUUAAAGGAGCAGUUAUUGGAGGUCCUCCGAGCAUUCAAGGUGCUAUUCGCUUGGGGACCAGAGGAUAUGCCAGGGGUCGACCCAAAAAUCAUCUGCCAUAGAUUGGCAGUGGAUCCGACCCACAAGCCGGUCAAACAGAAGAAGCGUUUCCUUUCCGUAGAACGGAGAGAGUUUGUCACCAAGCAGGUGACCACCCUGCAGUUCAUUGGGCACAUCCGGGAAGUCCGCUACCCGGAAUGGGAGGAGGAGGGCGCACAACGACCCGUGUACUAUGUGGCCCGAGUGCUGCGAGGGGCGGAGUUGAGAUAUACCAACAUGGAGAAGACCAUCUUUGCGGUGAAAAAGCUCACCCCAUAUUUUCAAGCCCAUCCGGUCCAUGUGUUAUCACAAAUUCCCAUCGGAACGCUUCUUCGAAGCCCAAAUGCCCCGUCACGGGUCAGCAAGUGGGGAGUGUUCCUGGGAUCCUUUCAAAUAGAGUUCAAGCCGCGACCGGCGAUAAAGGGGCAAACAUUAGCAGAUUUCGUGGUAGAAUGCACUGCGAGGGAGGUAGAAUCUAGUGGAGAAGAACCCGAGGGGAAUUGGUGGACCGUGUACACCGAUGGGUCGUCCGCGACUGAUGCUUCGGGGGGAGGUGUCGUGGCGAUAUCUCCGGAAGGGUUCAAGGCAUACUACGCCGUGAGAUUCCGGUUUAAAGUCUCAAACAAUGAGGCUGAAUAUGAGGCACUGCUUUGCGGCUUGAGGUUGGUAGCCUCAUUAAAAGCUGAGCGAAUCCAAGUCCGGUGCGAUUCCAAGCUAGUGGUAGGCCACGUCACUGGAGAAUUUGAGGCCAAGGAUGAACGAAUGAAGAAGUAUAGAGACACUGCCCUGGAGUUGCUUAAAGCAUUCGGGGCGAACCGGAUAGAGCAGGUCCCUCGGGAAGAGAAUGCUGAGGCAGAUAUCUUGUCAAAGCUUGGUCCGGAUUCCCCAGAUCAUAUUAAGGCAAUGACCCAGGAAGAAGAGUUGCUCAAACCAAGCAUCAGUCCCGGACAAGUGCUGAUCAUCACACUCAGAGAGGAGCCGGAUUGGAUUGAUGAGAUUACCAUGUACAUCCUUGACGGGUCGUUACCCAUCGACCCAAUCGCGGCAAAGGGAAUGGAGGGGGCAUGGAGCAUCCCAGUCAAUCCGCCCGUCAGGCAGGCAGUUGGCGGAGAGGGCCUCGUACGCCUCAUUAAAGUCUUCAUAAGGGUUUGGAGGUGGCGGCGGCGGUUUCACCGACGGCCACUGCCGGCGAGGCAAACGGCGACAGAAUUCGUAAGGGUCAAGCCCCCCCAGUCAUUGGAAUUGACUGACUUGGGGGAAGAGGCAGGCUCCGGCGAAGAAGGAGCCGGCCCGUCGGAAAGAUCUAGAGAAACAGGAAUUCCUUCAGACAUGGCAAGAAUGGAGAAAAGGGGGAUAUUUGGUGAUGGAGCAGAGUAGAGGCCAGGGGGACUUAUAAAUAAGCCAAGGCGAAGGAACCGAAGAGGCGGUCAAGUCUCGAGGCAGCCGAACCGAUAAAGCAGCCUUGAGCCGCGCGAAGGUCCAAUCAGAAACGACGAAGGGCAUUGGAUCAAUUGGGCGGCACGAUGGCCAAUCCAGGGAUUGAGCCCGGGCAGGUAAACGGGCCGGGACUAGGAGUUGGG